UCUUGUUGAACCAAGUAAAUGCAAUACUAUUUCAUUGCUAGUCCUAACAGAUACUGGUAUGAUGCUAGAUAAACCCUCCAUUGUAUGGAAUGCAUCAAGCUAGAAUGCCUUUGCCACUAGAAAUGGAAGAGGAGCCAGUUUAUGUCAAUGCAAAGCAGUAUCAUGGUAUUUUGAGGCGAAGACAGUCACGUGCUAAGGCCGAGCUUGAAAAGAAAGUAAUCAGAAACAGAAAGCCAUACCUGCACGAAUCUCGUCACCUACACGCCAUGAGAAGGGCAAGAGGCAAUGGUGGUCGCUUUCUCAACACAAAGAAGCUUGAAAAUAACAGUUCUAGUGUCACUUCUGACGAAGGCAACAAUAGUGGUGCAAACCCCUCAGCAAACUCAUUUAACACUCUGCAUAGGCUCACAAACAAUGAGAAUCUAGCCUCAUCAAACAUGGUUCAGGACAUGCACAGAGUUCAGAGUUUCAACAAUGGUUACCAUAAUGGAAAUUGUCUUACAGCACUAUACCUUUCACAAGUGAAUGGAAAAAAGGAGGGAGGAGACUACUUUGGAAAAGAGAGAGACCCUCUUGGGGCUUUCAAAUAGUACUUCCCUCUUCCAUACAGCAACACUUAGGUGAAGAAGGGCUUAAUCUCAUUCAACUUAUGAUGCUGUAUUGAAGGCAAAUCAUUCUUGGCUCAGUUAAGUGGUGAGACCAGUGUCAUGGUGUACUCUAUUCCUUGUUUGGUCUCUCCCUUUGCUUUUGUUUUCUCUUUGCAAGUCCAUUUGUUAAUGGGAUGACAAAGAAAAGAAAAAAUCACUUUGGUUUCAGAACUUUUUUAUGCUUUGAACUAUGCGACAGUUGAUUAAACUUUGAAGUGAUUUCAGACAUAUGCUGCAUAAAACCUUAAAAACUCUCUCUGUUUUGUCCUAUAUUUUCUUGCACAUUGUUAUGCUUGAAGUUUGCAUGAUUCA